AUGAGCGUGUCCAUGAAAGAACUGCCCUGUGGUGAAAUUCUCGCGGAACUACCACUUAUUCGGGAAUUAUUAUCUGUGGUCCGCCAGAAGGAUGACAGCAAGGAAAUGAACGACUGCGUCGAAAAGUUUUGUGAAGCAUUUCGCAAGGAGGGAUUGGAAACAAAUGCUGUAUUGGGUGAAAUAGAAUUGUGGCUUUGGUAUUUCACUGGCCAAUCGCAAACCGACAAAGGCGCCGAUAGAUGCCUUUCGUUUUUUGUGAAAUGUAGUUUAAGGAUGCUUUUGGAGGACACAGUUACCCCUCCACUUUUCACUCUUCUCCUACAACAUAUCGAAAAUGUUCAGUUCUCAGUCUGCGAUACCUCACGAUAUCGAUGCUGUCGAUUGAUAACAUUGAUUUUCGAAGGUAUUGAAGAGAUAGAAGCAGACUAUGAACCUACCAGCUGUAAGGAGGAAGCAAGUUUGCCUACAGAAGUGAUGGAUAGUCUUGUCAGAAUUUUGCAAGGAAGGAUAUAUGAUAAGAAUCCAUUUGUACGAGCUGAGGUUGUUCGUUCAUUGUCUAUUUUGAGCAGGAUCAGUGAAGGGAAUGAUGAGAAUGGAUUUGAUUGCACUAAAUACAUUGUUGACGCUUUGAAGGAUAUUUCUCGUGAUGUGCGCGCAGAGGCAGUUCAUUGCGUGCCGCUAUUUUCUGAAAGCGAUAUUUCAACAUUCAUUUCGUUAAUUCUGAUAGAAAGUGAUAGCAAUGUUCGUCGCCUUGCUUUUAGCCGAGUUGCAUGCAAUUUGCAUGUGCGAUCACUCACCGUUCAACAACGAAUGCAGCUACUCAAAGCAUCGUUCACGAGCAAUGAUGCAGUGUUACGGAAAAUAGCUGAACGAAUGGUUAUGAAUUGGGCUGGAAAUGAUGCAGUACCGCUACUUAAUCUUCUGCAACAUCUUGAUUUUCUCUCUGAUUCACAGACAAGCCAGCAGGCUUUGAUGGUAUUUCUUAAAAAUUAUCAGCGGGAAAUAGGGAGUGUACGAACCAGUGAAAUGUUAAUGAAACUUCAUGAAUUGUGCAAUGCGACACAGACUAAAUCAAUUGUAGUAGGUAUGAUGCCAUAUGCCGAUUUCGUGAGCUACGAUAUACUUGGUCGACGAAAUUAUACCGAACUACGCCGCAGUUCUAAUAACAAUCUGUAUGUCAUAGCCGGUCGUAUAUAUAUUUGGCGAAGUUUGUGUGAAUACUGUCAGUUGAAUGCUGUUGACGAAGCAGAUCGCUAUGAUUCUUUGCAUGUUCUGCUUCCCGAUAUGGUUGAUUUCGUUGACUUCCUUUACAACAGUUUGGCUACAUGGACGGCUUCUGCAAGUUCAGUACAAGGAGUUCUUGAAGAAUGUGUUAUCUUUCAAUUAUGCUUGCUAACACGGUUGUUUGAUCAAUCGGAUCGAGUUGGGAUGGAAAAAUGGCAAGUCACAUUGGAAACAAUCAUCUCGACACGAGAUUUGCCAAACUCGGAAAAAGUACUGGAGUUCGCGGUGUAUGAAUUAUUCGAUUUAUUCUAUGCAAAAGAAGGGAAGUUAGAGGAAUUCCUUGAAUGGUGUUGUUAUCGUAUAAACAGUUUUUUCACACCUGAUCUGAAUGAAACUGAAGAAUUGCCACUUUCCAGAGCUUUACUUGCCAAGCUUGGCGUGGAUUAUGCCAUGUCGUGUGAAGCAGUUUUAGAGGACGACAAUAAUUAUGAGCCAAAAAGUCACAACAUACAGCGUGCUUUGCUAUUGCUCCGUGCUAUAAUGCGAAAUUCUUGUAUUGCCAAAAUUACGACCUUCUUGCGAACUGCGUUCGAUCAAGUGGUGGACACGUAUUGCACAACCCUAGAUCCAAUGAUUUGGGCUUCGCUUUCUGAAGUAAUUGGUAUUGGUGUAGCAAUUGAUGGACAGAUUGCUCGUGAACGAAUUCAUGUGCUACGUUCUGCUAUUGAAGUCGAAGGAACACCUACACAUGUUAAGGCACUGGCUCUUACAUCCUUAGCUGCAUGCGCGAUUUUGAAAAGUUAUGCAACAACAGCUCAGUUGUAUUACCCGGAAAUUACAGAAAGUGGUAUUGUGAAGGGACAAAUGCUUCUACAAGUUUUUGAAGGAUUUAUAUUCAAUCAGGAUGCCGAACUUUCUUUUGCGGCGGUUGAAAGUAUUGGCAAAAUACUGUAUCAUAGAUGCCUUUGCUUCCCGUCUGCAUUGGCUGGCCUGCUUCUACGAUAUUUUGAUAGCUCAUGCCAACCAUAUCCAUAUACUUUCCUGAAUUAUUUUUUCAGUUUUUAUCCCGCAUCGAGUAGUAUCAACCAGCACAAGUUAAUCGGCGCAUUGAGGCAUGCUCUAAAAGUACUAAAUGAAGCUCAGGAUGGUGGCGAACUCUCAGUGAAUAUUGAUGCAAGCAGAAUGGUCAACUUUGUAGCUAAAGCAGUUAGAAAAUCAACACUUUCAAAUUCUGCUAAGAAAGUGGAAAAGACCUAUCCUCCGCAAUUCUUUUUGAUCAGUUGCUUGCUGGAUUGGGUUAUCAAUAAUGCCGAAGGCAAUUUGAGUGCAGCUUGCAUAGGAGCUCUCGCAUACACUUCACCGGAGGAAUUUAGUUACAACAACAGGGCGUAUUCUCAUUUGCUCAAGCUGACCACCCGGUGUAUCAAUGUAUUAUUUACACUUGAACUUGACAAACUUAUACCGAUAACUCGACGAUUUGAAAGACGGCUUAAACAUGUGGGAAGAAAUGAAAACGAUUGUAAAGAUGAUGCGAAAAGUAGUUAUUUAAUUAAGACCACACGAAUACCAAAAACUAUGUGA